AGAAGGGAAGGAAAGGGAAGAAAGAAAGAAAGAAGGAAGUAGGGAAGGAGAAAUAAAUAAGGGAUAAGGAUAGUGUAUAGAGAAGCAUCGAUAAUAAAGCUUGAGGGUUGGCAAGGUGGUGCCGAGGGCGCAGGAUCGGCGGCCCACCGGGAAAGAGAAAAAAGAAAAAAAAACAAAGGAAGAAAUGGGCCGGUCCGUUGUACUUACGUGAUAGGAGGUGUGCGAGCGCGCGCGCGCUCCCUCGCGCCUACCUACCCGCUUGUCCGUUUGCGCGCGCGCGCGCGCGCGCCCUUCCGUGUGAGUGUCCUUUCUCGAUCUCUCUCUCCCUCUCCCUUUCCUUUUCCCUUUCCCUUUCCCUUUGGCUCUAGCUCUGGCUCUAGCUCUGGCUCUGCGUCCUCCCUUCCUCGUCCACCACCAUUCUCCCCGCCUCGCUAUCAUCUAUGUGUGCUUUUCCUUCGUAAGUGUGUGUGUGUGUAUAUGUGCGUGCGCGCGUGUCAACCCCUUGCGCGAACGUGUAUUACCGACGGUGGUUGUCGCGGUGCGCGACAGGGGAGGCUGGAAAGGGAGAGACGACAGCAAGGACAUUCUCUCUCUCAGUAAAUUUGCUAAAAAUAUCUCUCCUUUUAGCCGUCCUCAUCGUAGUCGUCGUCGUCGUCGUCAUCGUCGUCAUUUGUUUAAUCGGCCAUCCGUUCGCGCAAGAAAUCAUUGUUGCGCGUUGCAUCGUCGUCGCGAGAUGACGGUGGUGGUGAAGAAGAACGUCGUGGACGUCGCGAACGCGUUCAAGCGUUACGCUAUUAACGUGCUGCUCUUUUUGUGCCUCGCAACUACAACGGCAACAUUGACCGGUGGUGCCUCGUGCAGAUGGUCAUCCGAUAGUGGGAACGACACUCGUAACACAGCAGAUUGUACUCUGCGCGUACUCGACCCAAAUGCUUUGACCAGCCUUGCUUCCUCCCUCGACGGUGCUAACAAAUUGAGAAUACGAUGCAGCGAGGUUCAUCAUUUCGAGAGUACCUUGAACGCUCAUAGCUGGCAAAGAUUGCCUUCCCUUCACGAGCUACAUAUUCAUGCAUGUAAAGUACUCAGGAUAUCAGGAGGUACUUUUCAAUCUCUCAUCGAACUGAAGAAAUUGACUAUACAAACUUUCAAUGCCGAGUGGGGUGCUCAACGCGUCUUGGAACUCGCGCCCGGUUCGUUGUCGGGUUUAAGAGAGUUACAUACUCUUGAAAUAGUUGAGAGCAAUGUGUUAUCUUUACCAGCGUAUUUGCUCUGUGAUUUGGACAAUUUGCAAAGUUUAAACCUGACGGGAAAUCGUAUUCGCGAUAUACUCGAUAUCGGUUUAACGCGUCGACAAGAGGAUUUCGAAGAUGGCAACAACAACAGCAGCAGUAGCAGCAGCAGUAGCAGCAGCAGCAACAGUAACAGUAACAACAAUAUCAAUGACGAAUCUUGCCGAGCGGAUGUUCGAAUUUUGGAUCUGUCGCGUAACGAACUUACCAGAUUACCGAACAAUGGCCCGUUGGCCGGAUUGCGACAAUUACAAGAGUUGCACCUGCAACGUAAUUCGAUCGCCGAAAUCGACAGUCGUGCGUUGGUCGGCCUUACGGUUCUACGUAUCUUUAAUGCCAGUUACAAUUCCCUUGCUUCCCUACCGGAGGGUCUAUUUGGAAGCACAAGGGAACUACGAGAGAUACACCUGGCACACAAUGGACUAGGCGACUUACCCAAGGGUAUAUUCACUCGGUUGGAGUGGCUGUUGGUUUUAAAUCUCGCUGGCAAUCGGCUCGAUAGCAAUCAAAUCGAUGAAACGUCAUUUCUUGGCCUUAUAAGAUUGAUCGUUCUUGAUCUAUCCUACAAUCUAUUAACCCGCAUCGACGCUCGCAUGUUCAAGGACCUUUUAUUUCUUCACAUACUCGAUUUACGUAACAAUUCGAUUGAUUACAUCGAGAGAAACGCCUUUUUACCGCUCUACAAUUUGCAUACUCUCGAACUAUCGGACAAUAAGCUUCGUACCGUUGGUGCACAACUUCUCAAUGGAUUGUUUGUCCUAAAUCGUCUUACGUUAUCAGGAAAUUCAAUCGCCAGCGUGGAUCCUGUGGCAUUUCGCAAUUGUUCGGAUUUAAAGGAAUUGGAUUUGAGCGGCAACGGGCUUACCUCCGUACCGGAAGCAAUACGAGACCUUGCUUAUUUAAAGACUCUCGAUCUUGGCGAAAAUCGUAUCGCCAGUUUUCACAAUGGUUCCUUCCGUAAUCUUCAUCAGCUUACAGGAUUACGUUUGAUCGGUAACGACAUCGGCAAUUUGUCUCGUGGAAUGCUUUGGGAUCUACCGAAUCUUCAAAUUCUUAAUUUAGCCAGAAACAAAGUGCAACAUAUCGACAUGCAUGCCUUUGAACGUAAUAUUAAACUGGAGGCCAUUCGACUCGACGGCAACUUUCUAUCGGAUAUAAACGGCAUAUUCACCAGUAUUACGAGUCUACUACUUUUAAACUUAUCAGAAAACCACAUUGAGUGGUUUGAUUACGCCUUCAUACCGGGUAACCUAAAGUGGCUCGAUAUACAUGGUAACUUUAUCGAGAAACUUGACAACUAUUACAAACUUCGUAACUCGAAGGUGAAGACCCUCGAUGCCAGUCACAACCGCAUAACCGAGCUAACGUCCCUGUCCGUGCCCGACAGCGUUGAGUUGCUCUUUAUAAACAACAACUACAUAAGCAUCGUUCAUCCUAACACAUUUACGGAAAAAGUUAAUUUGACUCGCGUCGAUAUGUACGCCAACAUGAUAGAAACUAUGGAACUGACCGCACUGUUAUUAACUAGAGUACCAGAAACCAAAGCAUUACCGGAAUUCUAUAUCGGAGAUAAUCCAUUUUAUUGUAAUUGCUCGAUGGAUUGGUUACCUGCGAUCAACAAUCAAACAUCUACGAGGGAGUAUCCGCGUGUAAUGGAUUUGGAUAACGUAAGAUGCCGAACUUCCGGACCACGUGGUAUUGCUAUGAUACCAGCUUCAACGGCACGUUCUAACGAAUUUCUUUGCCGUUACGAGGCACACUGUUUUGCUCUCUGUCACUGUUGCGAUUACGAUGCCUGCGACUGCGAAAUGACCUGUCCGAACGGGUGCAAGUGUUACAACGAUCGUACCUGGAGUACAAAUGCCGUCGAUUGUUCUGGUUUAGGUGUCGAAGAGAUACCACGGCGUAUACCGAUGGAUGCAACCGAAGUUUAUCUCGAUGGUAACGUGCUUCGUGAAUUACUUAAUCACGUUUUCAUCGGUCGUAAAAAUAUGCGGGUUCUUUAUGUGAACGGCAGCGGUAUCGAAUCGAUACAAAACCGUACGUUCAACGGUUUGAACAAUCUACAGAUACUUCAUCUUGAGGACAAUCGUAUACGCGAACUCAAAGGUUUUGAAUUCGAACGUUUAUCCCAUUUGCGCGAACUAUACUUGCAAAACAAUCAAAUUGGUUUUAUCGGAAAUCUGACGUUUCUACCGUUACGUUCGCUCGAGAUAUUACGUCUUAGCGGUAAUCGACUAGUUACAUUUCCGGUUUGGCAAGUAACCCUUAACGCACGUCUAGUCGAACUAUCAUUGGGUAAUAAUCCUUGGUCUUGUCGUUGCAAGUUUCUUCAAGAACUGUCCUCAUGGGUAUCGGAUAAUGCGCACAAAGUCGUCGACACGAACGACGUUUGGUGCUAUUACAGUGGUGGUGAUAACAAACCGUCUUAUCGACGUCGGCUAAACGUCAACGAGACCGCAUGUUCGGAUUAUUAUGCGCAAGGCGGUGGAAUGGUGGACUUUGCACAAGAUUAUUUAACUCUUGUAGCCGCAACGUUCUCAGCCUUGCUGGUGCUUUUAAUCGUCGUGGUGCUAGCAUUCGUAUUUCGUGGUCCCGUUUGUGCAUGGGCUUACUCUAAAUACGGAUUACGCUUUCAACGUACGAAACCUGCUAAAGCUGGUGCGGCCGGUAGUGCGACGAUGGUCUCAACCGCGGGCAUCACAUCGUGCUACGACAUUAAUCGUGAACGUUUGUACGAUUGUUACGUUUCUUACAGUCCAAACGACGAGGAUUUUAUACUUCAUUCGUUGGCAGCUGAACUUGAACACGGACCUACGUCAUUAAGAUUAUGCCUUCAUCAUCGUGAUUUACCGUGCAUGUUGCGUACCUCAACACCUGGUCCGACCAUUCUUGAAGCCGUAGAUGCUUCCCGUCGUACCUUGAUCGUCCUUACACGGAACUUUCUUCAAACUGAGUGGUCGCGUUUCGAGUUAAGAGCGGCCUUUCACGAGGCAUUGCGUGGUAGAGCGAAUCAGCUGAUCGUUGUCCAAGCUGCCAAUCUAAGUCCCGAACUCGACAGGGAUCCCGAAUUAAGACCGUAUUUGCGUAACGCUGCUCUCACAUUAACAUGGGGUGAAAAAAGGUUUUGGGAACGUCUGAAAUACGCGAUACCACCUGCACCACCAUCAACGGCACCUCCUACCGGUGUUACGCGUAACACCACUAGCAAUAUAGCAUCCUGCGGCGGUGGCGGCGGCGGUGGCGGCGGCGGUGGCAGCAAUGGCAGUGGUGGUGGUGGUGCUGAUGUUUCCAUCGAAAACAAAUCCUUGCCUCUUGUAUUUAAACGUAAUAUCAACAGCUACGCGAUUGACAGGGACAGCAUUGCUAGUAGGAAAUCAAACAAUCCACCUUCCACGACGACGUUUAGAUCGCAGCGUACAUUUUUUAAGGACACUACUACGAGCGGUGGUUCCUCAGCGUUAAUGUUACAACACGCGCCGCCUGCUUAUUCCUGCGGUACCGUUUCCUCUCACCAUCAACAACCUCCACCAUCCUCGCCGCAAGCUCGGCUGACCGUCAAUCACGUUUAUCGCGAUGCGGUCACCGUGCCAGCUGGCAGCCUAGCUCCUACCAAUCCUAUGCUCGCUACCGAGGAUCACACGAGACCCUUGUCCGAGCAUAUAUAUUCGUCCAUUGAUUCCGAUUAUUCGACACUCGAGAGAUCCACUUGGAGACAACAGCAACCACCACCCUCUUCCCCACCCCCGCCACCCUCAUCCGGUCAAGCAUACCUCGUUUAGUCUUUUCUCGCUAGUUUUGCUCCAGCUUCGUGAUUACCUCGACCCUAAAGUCUAUACACUAUUAUUAUUUAUCCUUUCUCUGUCUUUCACUUAUUCAUCAUCCACCCCCACCUCCACCCCCACCUUUCUCUUCGACAGAUACAAAGCGAGAAACGACGAAACUACGCCUACCUAUUUUACAUUCAGGAAAUAGGGAUUGUUAGCGUUUGAUCGUUGAUAUCGAAAGUACCACCGGACAAUCGAGAAAGUGGAACGAGGGAGGAAAGGGGAAUAGAGAAAAAGAAAGAGGGAUUGAUAAUAGGGGAGAGAGAAAUACAAAUAUCCCUAAUACAAUUUUGUGAUAAAUCACAUCUCCAAUUCAAGCCGCCACUACUGUCAAUGAAUGCUUCCGUGUACCCUUGUCUUGUUUUCUCAACAAAAUUUCAUCCCUCUCCUCUCCC